CACCCAUUUGGGAGAAUAAUUUCGAUCACCAACUCCUAAUACAAGUUCCCAAGCAGCGACAGGCAAGGAUAAAGGGCUGGUGGGCGUGUUCCCCGCCCAAGGCCCUUGUUGGACCGCACAGAGGCUGGGGAAACCCACACCCGGAGCAGCGGGUAUAAAGAACCCGGCCGCGGCUCCUGGCUUCGCAGGGGGAAGCACUCUCCUCAUCCAUCCACCGUGUUAGGUGCGGUCUGGGACACCAGGAAAAUGGCACCGGCUGGCGGCAAAAAUGCCAAGAAGGGCAUCCUGGAACGGCUGAACUCUGGAGAGGUCAUCAUCGGAGAUGGAGGGUUUGUCUUCGCGCUGGAGAAGAGGGGCUACGUGAAGGCAGGGCCCUGGACCCCAGAAGCCGCCGUGGAACACCCAGAAGCAGUUCGCCAACUUCAUCGAGAGUUCCUCAGAGCUGGCUCCAAUGUCAUGCAGACCUUCACCUUCUACGCCAGUGAAGACAAGCUGGAGAACAGGGGAAACUAUGUUGCAGAGAAAAUAUCUGGGCAGAAAGUCAAUGAAGCCGCUUGUGACAUUGCGCGGCAAGUGGCUGAUGAAGGAGAUGCUUUGGUAGCAGGGGGCGUGAGCCAGACACCUUCGUACCUUAGCUGCAAGAGUGAAACUGAAGUCAAAAAAGUCUUUCAGCAACAGUUAGAGGUCUUCAUGAGGAAGAACGUGGACUUCUUGAUCGCAGAGUAUUUUGAACACGUUGAAGAGGCUGUAUGGGCAGUUGAAGCCUUAAAAGCAUCAGGGAAACCAGUGGCGGCAACUCUGUGCAUCGGCCCAGAGGGAGACUUGCACAGCGUGACCCCCGGCGAGUGUGCGGUGCGCCUGGUUAAAGCAGGAGCUUCCAUUGUGGGGGUGAACUGCCAUUUUGACCCCACAAUUAGCUUACAAACAGUGAAGCUCAUGAAAGAAGGCUUGGAGGCUGCGGGACUGAAAGCCCACUUGAUGAGUCAGCCCUUGGCCUACCACACUCCCGACUGCGGCAAGCAGGGAUUUAUUGACCUGCCAGAAUUCCCCUUUGGACUGGAACCCAGAGUUGCAACCAGAUGGGAUAUUCAAAAGUACGCCAGAGAGGCCUACAACCUGGGGGUCAGGUACAUAGGCGGGUGCUGUGGAUUUGAACCCUACCACAUCAGGGCAAUUGCAGAGGAGCUGGCCCCGGAGAGGGGAUUUUUGCCACCGGCUUCAGAAAAACAUGGCAGCUGGGGAAGUGGUUUGGACAUGCACACCAAACCCUGGAUUAGAGCCAGGGCCAGGAAGGAAUACUGGGAGAAUCUUCGGAUAGCCUCAGGCAGGCCGUACAACCCUUCCAUGUCAAAGCCGGACGCCUGGGGAGUGACCAAGGGAACAGCCGAGCUUAUGCAGCAGAAGGAAGCCACAACCGAGCAGCAGCUGAGAGAGCUCUUCGAAAAACACAAGUUCAAGUCUGCACAGUAGCCUCAAUGGAAACCGUUUUUAGUGACUUCCUCUAGGCUUGGGCCACAGUUCCAAAACUAAGGAAAAGAUGGUUAAAAGGCAAUGGUUAUACAAAUGCCAGCUUACGCGUCAAGAUUGAUAGGAACUAAACAAAACAAUUAUAAAUAACACCUGACAAUUUUUUAAAAGUAUGUAUUUAAAACUUGGAAGCAAAAUGAAUAAUGAGUAAAUCUUAAACAGGUUUACCAAACACCCACCAGGUACACAGUAUUAAGGAAAUCACUAUGGCCAAGAAAAAAUAAUUUGGACAUUAGUCCUACUUUAAAAUUUUCACAGGCUGGCAAGGAGGAUGAGAUGUGAGCUGUCAUUAAUGGUGUAGCAACCAGACAAGUAAGACAAAGUGCUAUACGAAAGUGACUUUCAAGAUUUUUGGAAAUGGCCCUUAAUAAGAAACACAAUUUAUAUAAUGACCCGGUAAGGCACAUGUACAACCAUUGAAAUAAAAUGUGAUUCAUUCUGGUAUUUUUUAAUUCUAUUCCUUUCUGUCCUAUUUCAUGAAUAAAAUAUGCUGGUUAAGGCCUUUUAAAUUGAUUUUAUGACCAUUAAUUGAAAACCACACACUGAAAAAACACUGCUAAGGGACAUUUCAGCUAUAGGGACUUUGCUAUUCCUUUAUAUUUCUCCUUAGAAAAUCAGUCCUAUGGGACCAGAUCAGUAAACAUUCAAAGCUCAGAGUCCUGCUGUCAAGAGUUCCAGAGUUGUUCCCUCUUUUCUGACCCAUUUCCACCACUAAGAAGCAUUCAGACCAAUGGGGAGGCCAAGAAGGGAUUGGUACCAGGCUCUCUCCAUUCUGCUCUAGGCUGGAUCCACUUAAAUGCCUCCAGUCAGUAAGGCUAGGGAACAAUGGUCUUGAAAUGGCAAUCCACUCCAGCAUUCUUGCCUGGAAAAUCCCAUGGACAGAGGAGCCUGGUGGGCUACAGUUCAUGAGGUCACAAAGAGUCAGACAUGAGUAAGCAACUGAGCACAAAAAGAUCUAAUAAAGAAAAAGAGAUUUUCCAAACUCUGUCAGGGUUUCCUAGAUUGAGAACUAUAUGUUCUCCUGGUAAUACCUACUCUGAAAACUCAAACCUGAAGAUGUAAGAUCACUGGAAUAAAUGACUACUCAUUGUGUUAGAAAAGAGUUCAUGCUUCUUUCUAAACAUUCUUGGAUUGGUGUGGCUGCUUUGAAACCCUUAAUUUCUUAAGCUAUU